CCGGGCGGGGGCGGGCGGGCGGGAGGGCAGCGGGCCAAGCCGCAGCGGCCUCCGGCCUGAGCCACCCCCGCCAGGCUGUGCGUCACGCGGGCUCGGGAUCUCCCCAUGUGACGGCGCGGGAGGAGGCCCUGGAUGUGCGGCGGAGGAGCGGGGAGGAGAGGGGAAGGGAAAGGAAGGAGGCGGCGGCGGCGGAGGAGGAGGAGGAGGAGGAAGAAGAAGAAGCGCCCGCCCCCCCGCCCCCUGCUGCUGCUGCCGCCGCUGCCGCUGCCCAGUGGCGCCCUCGGGGGCGGACGGGCCACGGAGAGGUGCAGCCCGGCCGGCAGCCGCCGCGCCAAAGCCGCGCAAGGUGUUCCGUCCACAAUGGCCGCAGCAUUACCUAGAACCCUUGGAGAGUUGCAACUCUACCGCAUCCUGCAGAAAGCCAAUCUCUUGUUCUACUUCGAUGCCUUUAUACAGCAGGGAGGGGAUGACGUUCAGCAGUUAUGCGAGGCGGGGGAAGAGGAGUUUCUCGAAAUCAUGGCCCUUGUCGGCAUGGCUAGCAAACCCCUUCACGUCCGGAGACUUCAGAAAGCUUUGAGAGACUGGGUCACAAAUCCAGGCCUUUUUAACCAGCCCCUUACUUCUUUACCGGUCAGUAGCAUUCCAAUAUAUAAGUUACCGGAAGGCUCUCCUGCUUGGUUGGGAAUAUCAUGCAAUAGUUACGAAAGGAAUAGUAAUACCCGCGACCCUCACUUGAAGAUUCCAAAAUGUGCUGCGACCUCGUGCAUUCAGAGCACGGGCAAGUCUGACGGGGUGGGAACGUUGCCGCUGCAGAGCGGCAGCGAACAGAGACUGUGGCCUGGCCACCACGCCACCGAGAGCGAACAGAGUCUCUCCCCAAUCUCUCCAUCCUCACCAAAGGAAACCCCAGAAACCUUGGACAUGGCGGCAGCUCUGUCGGUCACCGAGUGCGUUGAGCGGCUGGUCCACACCCUCCCCACGAGCGACUUGAACGAAGUCAAAGAGCUGCUGAAAAUAAAUAAGAAACUGGCCAAGAUGGUGGGGCACAUUUUUGAGAUGAGCGACGAGGACCCUCGCAAAGAGGAGGAGAUCAGGAAGUACAGUGCCAUCUACGGCCGGUUUGACUCGAAAAGGAAAGACGGCAAACAUCUCACCCUUCACGAGCUUACUGUUAAUGAAGCGGCUGCCCAGUUGUGUGUGAAGGACAACGCCUUGCUGACCCGGAGGGAUGAGUUGUUCGCGCUGGCGCGGCAAAUCUCUCGAGAAGUGACGUACAAGUACACUUAUCGGACCACCAAGUCUAAAUGCGGAGAAAGGGACGAACUGUCUCCAAAGAGAAUAAAGCUGGAGGUAUUGUAUUUUAACUUCUUUUUUUUUGUUCAAAUGCAGUUGCAAAAAAAAUGA